GUCACCUAGCAAUGACAGAUCCGUCGCUUGUCAUUUGACUUCAGUUAAGAAAAAUGUCAGUAAUAAAGUAAAUUAUGUUGGAAAAUUAUCUCCCCGAAAUUAUAUUUGUCCUUUUGUUAGCAAUCCUAAUAUACUUUUUUUUUAACUGGUUUUGUCGAUGUAACACUAACGAAAAACAGUACUGUUCGUACACCUAUGGCGAUACUGACGGUCCCCACACUUGGAAAUACCGCUUCCAAAUCCGAGGCGAAAACCAGUCGCCCAUAAACAUUUUAUCCGUGUGUUCAAUCGUCAUACCUUCCGAAACCGUGGCUCCCUUGGAUUUCACCGUGGAGUACCACACCACUCCUCAGGAGAUGAAAAUUGUGAACGAUGGCCACACUGUUGUUAUAUAUAGCUCGUGGAGCGGUGGCCGAAAGCCCAUUAUAUGUGGAGGUCCUUUAUGUGACGAGUACAAAUUAUUUAGUAUGAGGUUCCGCUGGGGUCCCAACGACGAAGAAGGUUCCGAACACAUGAUAGACAUGCGACGAUACGCAAUGGAGUUGCAAGUCACUUUCAACAAGUGUUCUUGUAGAUGCACUGAUAUAUCCAAGUCGGUUCGUAGCUGUGCUGUGGUGAUAAUAAGUUACAUGUUUGAGAUAACGAACGCCGACAACCCUUUUCUUGAAACGAUCAUGUACGCGCUGAGGUACAUUCAAACCCCUUGCAAGAGCUACAGCAUGAAACCGCUACCAAUUAGCUUGAUUGCUCCUAUGUUCACUAGGAGAUAUUUUUCGUAUUUGGGGUCUCUUACACAUCCACCUUGUACUGAAGGGGUGCGGUGGAUUAUCCAACCAGAACCGUUGUCUGUGAGCGUCUAUCAAGUUCGCCAGUUUCGUAAACUGAUGGGUUUCUGUGGACCCAUAUUGACUAACACAAGGCCUGUGCAGAAUGCUAACAAUAGAGAUGUGAUAUUCUACGAGUAAAAUAUAUGUACCUGUUUAGUAUUUGGUUAUAUAAUUAUUAAAUUAAAUUUGGCGCCGCGAGAUUUAUUAAUUUUAUUGUACAGAUUUCUGUAAAGUGGC